UUGGUCAAGUCAAGUCAAGUUGUCCAAGUUGUCAUUGAUGGGAAGACACGAAAUAACAUCUUUUUGUCGUGAACUAGAAUAUUCAUAAUUAAAAGUCUAUAUUGAUUUCCCAUCACAAUCUAAAUUUUAGUCCUAAUAACAAGUUCAAGCCAUUCCGUGGCACAGAUUCUCCCUUGAUCAUUGAAUACUGAUACCGAAACUGCACCGAUAAAAAAGAAUACAUUGGCCCCUGGAGUUGUGAUGGAAUCUUAUUUCGACGAUACAGGAAGACGAAAAAUGUCCACAGUGGAGGGCUACAAAUGAUACACGCGUCGGUUCGUGGAUUUUGUAAAGUGUAAGUGAACAUUCUGUUGGUCGCCACUCGCCGAUCGAGUGAUUCUAUGUGCGCGUGACGGUGACAUGAGCACAAACAACAAGAGGCGUGGAGCUAGCAGUUCCAGUUGUGCUGUCCCCGGGGUGCACGCGCUCGUCAGUGUGCCCACCGCGAUGUCUGCCGACCUAGCCUCGCUGUUCGAAUGCCCGGUGUGCUUCGACUAUGUGCUGCCGCCUAUUCUGCAGUGCCAGAGCGGGCACCUGGUGUGCUCCAGCUGUAGGCCCAAGCUGUCAUGCUGCCCCACGUGCCGCGGCCCGCUCGGCAACAUCCGCAACCUCGCCAUGGAGAAGGUGGCCAGUAACGUGAUGUUCCCUUGCAAGCAUUCCAACACAGGCUGCACUGUUACACUCGUUCACACAGAGAAAGCAGAGCAUGAAGAAGCGUGCGAAUUUCGGCCGUAUUCCUGCCCUUGCCCGGGUGCAUCUUGCAAGUGGCAGGGUGGCCUCGACCAGGUCAUGCCGCACCUCAUGAUGUCUCACAAGAGUAUCACAACCCUUCAAGGCGAAGACAUAGUGUUCCUGGCCACGGACAUCAAUUUACCUGGUGCCGUGGACUGGGUCAUGAUGCAGUCCUGCUUCAACCACCAUUUUAUGUUAGUGCUUGAAAAACAAGAGAAGUUCGAUGGCCAUCAGCAGUUCUUUGCCAUUGUACAACUUAUAGGCUCGCGUAAGGAAGCAGAGAACUUUGCGUACCGGCUGGAACUGAACGGACACAGGCGAAGGCUCACUUGGGAGGCGAUGCCGCGGUCUAUCCACGAAGGAGUAUCAUCCGCCAUCAUGAACUCGGAUUGUCUCGUGUUCGAUACAUCCCUCGCGCAGCUGUUUGCGGACAAUGGGAAUCUCGGGAUUAAUGUUACUAUAUCUAUUGCCUAAUAACCGACAUUGCCAUGUGACAAUAGUAAGUACAGACUCAAACUUAUUCAUUCAGUUUUAACUUUUUAAGUAUAAUUUUAAUGAUAUUGUUAUGCCAAUGAAAGGAAUACCAGAAUAGAAAGAGUAUAGAUAGACUAUAUUAUAAUUAUUAAAAUUCGUCAAAUAAUAAAAGUAAUAAAAUUAAAUAUUUUGUGGGACAUGCAAUUUGUAACUGACAUUUCUCAUAGAAAUAUCUAAUCAACAUAAUCCACAUAAAAAUAAGCCAAAAAUAAUUAUUUUCGAUUUUAUUAUUAUUGUGUGUUCAACAUUAGAAAUAAGUAGUGGAAGGGAAUAUCUUUUCUAUGGGCCUCCAGGCUUUAGGUUCUUGACAGACUGACAGCAUUUGGACUGCAAUCCAAAAUUGCAGUUUUCUUGCAGUUGACAUAACUGCUUCACACUACUACUACACUACUAGUAUGGGAAAACCAUGUGAACUGCACACCAACUGCACAGUCAUUUGUGUCAACUGCCCCAUAACCUCACUAAAACUGCAAGACUUAGAGUCCAAAUGUGGACUGUCUCAACAACUUAACAUUAUAAAUUCCUCAUCAAUGAACAAAUUAUAUGAACGAAUUAUUAUUUGUAUAUUCGUGGAAAUGAAGACAUUUUGAUAAUGCAAUGCUAAUUCAAUUGCACCCAAAUCUACCACCAAAGCACUGAACUUUGAUUAUGUCAUAAUUCAUUUCCUCCAGAACAUGUGAGAAGCUGUGAUAGCCUAGUGGUUAUGAUCUCCGCCUCCCAUUUGGAAGAUGGUAGGUUUGAUCCCAGACUCGCAUCUCUAACUUAUAAUAAGUAUCACUUGUUUACUGGUAAAGGAACACAUUGUGAAGAAACCUGCAUGCCUUAAGAGUUCUCCAUAAUGCUUUCAAAUAAUCUCUGAAGUCUGCCAAUCUGCACUUGGCCAGUGUGGUAGACUAUGGCCAAGCCUUUUUCAUUCUGAGAGAAGAUCUGUGCUCAGUAGUGAGCCGUUGGGUUGAUGAUGAUGAAAUGACAGGGUGGCAACAGACUGAAUAAGCUCGUGUUUUAACAAAUUGAGUGCUGGUAGGUCACAAGUGGGCAAACACUCAUAAAAGUAAAGGACAUGUAAAUUAUUAUUAUAUUAUUAAUACUUAACAUCACACUUGCCUCAACUAUAAUAUAAUUCAUAUUAUAAUACAAUCUAAGCAAAGGACCAUGGGUAAAAAUGUAUGAAAACUGUGUCCAAUCCCCAAUAUAGAGUGAUAGCCACCAAGCUCAUUUGGCUUUUAUAUAAUUUUAAUCUAUUGAAGGUUUUCUUCCAAAAAUUAUUUUAACAUCACUCAGUGAACCAGCAAUGUAGAACCAACCAAUGUCAAAUGAGCUCGGUGCCUAUCAUUCAGUGUUAGACACUGAGUUAACAAAGCACCCCACAAGGCUCUUAGCAGUAUUUUUUUAGCAUCACCAAAGUAAUGUAAUAAUGGCUGAAUUCAUUGCUGCAUCUAUGCAGAGAGAAAUAACUAUAGCACUUUGCAUACAAACAUAGUUUGUUUCGUAAGCUACACAUUUUUACAGAAAUCUGACUGCAUAUCCUGGAAUGUGUCUACAAAAUUUAAUUGAAAAAUGAAAAAAAAUGAGUUUGUUAAUAUUAUAAUGAGAAUCAAAUUACGUUUGUAUGGGAAGCACUAGGUUUACUUCUCUAUACAAUAGUAAGAGAGUGCCGCCGUCUUCUAUUGUCUAUUGUAUUCUGUUGUCUUCUCUAAACUUUUAGAGUAUCUGCAUCUUUUUCUUUUUUUAAUAUUGCUAAAAAAGGAUGGAACAUGAAUUUUACAUUUAAAGACUAAAUUUUAGUGCAAGCUACACUGUUGUAAUUUGUUGUGUGGCUUUUUUUUUACCAACACAGCAUGCUACAAAAAAACAAUAGGCUCACGACUGGCAGCUAAAGUCACAAGGUUUGACUGCUCUAAAUUAAAUUUAGAAUUAUCAAACUGUGUCUGUCCUUUUCAUAUUACAUUGGUAAGAAGAGGACGUGAAUACUUUAAAAUUUAGUAGUGCUUGAGCUUCUUUAUAUACUACGACUUUUUAGUCGUUACAAAACAAGCCAGUUAAAAGUACUCUCCAUGAUUGUUACAUAUCGAGUGUGAGUGCAUACUGCUCCAUUCAACUGCCGUGUAUGCCUCGAAAUUAAUAAAUAAUUACAAUUUGAAUUAUUUAAUACUAACACUGCUACAAACAUAAUGACUCAAAAUGGACAGCCCUUAAAUAUAUAUUUUUUUACAUGAUGUAAAAAAAUAAAAAUUCUGUUUAAUGAAUGUAAUGAACUCCAGCAAUUCACUUAGUGCUUACAAACAUAAUGAAAAUUAUUUAAUACUAAGGACCCGCCCCGGCUUGAAAAUAAAAUAUAGCCUAUAUCACUCAGGAAGAAUGUAGCUUUGUAUUGGUGAAAGAAUUUUCUAAAUCGGUUCAGUAGUUCCAGAGAUUACUUUCUACAAUCAAACUGACAAACUUCACCUCUUUAUAAUAUUAGUGUAUACUACUAACAUAAUCAGACCAUAAAACCCACACAUUAUUUAAAUUAUUUAGGAAAAUACCAUAAAACUAUGUAUGUAUUGUAUUUAACAUUAUUUAUAGUAAUGGUUUAAAUGUGUAACAAAGGUGUAGGCAAUGAAAAAACUAGACACAAGUGUGUGAAAGAAACGAAUGGUUGGCCAUGAAAGAAUAUGCGCAAUAUUUAACUGUACCAGUUUUAGUUGAACCUUUUUAAGACAAAUCACCACAUCUUAUAUUUUGCAUACCGUCGAGUCCCUUGACUUCGCCUGCUAAACCAUACUUCGCCUAAUUUUAAAAACAUCGAAAAAUCUGCUAAAGUUGGGAACCGAACAGCUCAAAACCUACCAAAUACAAUACUAGUGUUAUCUACGGCAAUACUAUUCCUGACCAUUUGUAACUAACUUUACAACAAUAGCGACCACAGCCAUUUAUCUGCUGCGGGAAGUGAGAUGUUUUUUUCUACCGGUCAAAAACUUUACGUGCCGCCAAGAAUCUACGACAAGUAUGGCUAAAUUUUAUUGUAAAAUAAACUCACUACUUUAUCGUCUUUUAUGUUGUACAAUUGUUUUUAAUAUAUCUUAUGUAGAUAAUGAGUUACAUCAAGAUUUAUCAACAAGGUAACUGCGACCACCAUGAUGGUACCGUACUUCGCCUAACCCUAGGGUUGUCACUUAAUCUUUGAUAAAUUCAUUUGUACCUAUCAGCUUUGGUGGUCAGGUCCCCUG